AUGGUCUUGUCCUCCGGCUGCUGUGGGCCUGGGCCGCCCCGGUCAGUGUGGCGGGGUCGGCAGCACAGUUCCCGCUCCAAUGUGGUGCCGGCAGGUGCAGCCCUGGAGGCUGGUGUGGGCGCCGCCUGGAAAGGCUGGUGUGGCGCCGCCUGGACGUUGGUAAGGCGCCUUCUAGAGGCUGGUGUGGCGCCGCCUGGAGGUUGCUGUGGCGCUUGUUGUUGCCCAGCGCCCUGCUGGGGCUUCCUGUCUGCGUCGCUCCUGCCCACUUCUGGGGCGGCAGGGCGGGGUUCCACUCAGCUGCAUCUUCUCGCGAGGCGCCUUUGCUCCUCCGGGAAGUUAGCGGUGCAGCUGCCGAGGCCUCUGCUGCCCGGGUCGCCGUAUUCCCCGCGGGGGUCAGCCGGGCUCUCGCCUCAGGCCGCCCACCCCGCUCCGGGAAGCUGCCACCGCCUCUCCCUUUCUGCUGAGGGAGGAGGCGAUGGAGCGACCUCCAGGCACCGGGCAGCUUCCGCUCCCCCAGCAGCCGGUGGGGCGGAGGAGAAAGACGCCAGGAAGCAGAACGGUCCCGCCGGCAGGAGGGUCGCCCCAGGCCUGCGCCCCCUGGUUCCUGCCCCCUGGCAGCGGCCGGGACCCUCCCUGCCAUGCUGCUCCCCGGAAAGCUCUAAGGCUCUCGGGCCUGCAGGGAGGGACACUUUCUUCCUCACUGAGGCAAAGCCCUCUAUUGUCCUGACUCCACAGUUCCUGUCCCGUGGCCAGGGCCAGCUCACCAAGGAGCAGCUGCAGCAGCACGUAAAGUCAGUGCCAUCCCCCAUGCGGGUCCUGAGGAAGCCAAGACCGACCAUGAGAAACCCUGGAAGCUCAGGAAGGAAGGAGCCGCCCAGGAGCGGGGACAGGGACCUGGUGGGGAAGACCAGAAAUCAGGAAGCAAAAAAUUUGGAUAUCCCUGCUUUACGUCAAGAAAAACAAAGACACUGUACAUUUAGAAUGCCUAAACACACUACCAGCCAUGCAAAUAACAUGAGACAGGCCAUCAGUUUCCCACCUGAUUAUCUGUAUCCUUGGCAUGGCUUUCUUGGCGUUCUGUGGAUGCUUUUAACUAUUGUGUUUCUGGGAGUUUCUACCGUUGGCCUUUUCCUCCGAAAAAUUACCUUCUGUCGCUGUGCUCAAGCCUUGGAGAGGGAGACGGCAGAGAGCAAGGCUGCCUACAAGCGGCACAGAUGGAGAAUGAGGAAAAAGAAAAGAGUGCCAGGGAGACACAUGAGUGAGGAGCCAGCCCAGAAACGCCUGUGCCUGAAGAACGCUUUCUGGCGAGGUGGGAGCUCCCGUGAAGGCAGCCGCUUAGUUUCCGCUGCAGGACCCACACGCUCUGCUUCUCCUUUUGGGGAUUCAGGACCUCAUUCGGUUCCCAUGAGGAACAGCAGCUGCGUCCCAAGUGAAAUCACAGAGAAGACAAAGGUUAACAUGGCUGCAGCACAGCGUCAUCACUGCUCAGCAUUGCCCUGCUCACCCUACCUCAUGGCUGACCCUUCAGGACCACUGAUGGCUUGCCCGCCACCUCCUCCAUUUGGGUGUCGCCUGGGAGCUCCACCAUUCCCAUCAGCUAAAGGUGUUCUGGGACCUCUGACAACUCCUCAACUCCAGUGUCCACUAGGACCUCUGCCAGCUUCGUCAGAUGAUGAGUUUUCGAGAUCACAGACACCUACACCCGCAUGUCUUCUGGCUGCUUUACCACCUUCUUCAGCCAAUGAUUUUCUGAGCUUAUACACAAUUCCACCUGAGUGUCUAUGCACGCCUCUGCCAGCUUCGUCAGAUGAUGAGUUUUCGAGACCACAGACACCUACACCUGAAUGUCUUCUGGCAGCUUUACCACCUUCUUCAGCCAAUGAUUUUCUUGGCUUAUACACAAUUCCACCUGAGUGUCUAUGCACGCCUCUGCCAGCUUCGUCAGAUGAUGAGUUUUCGAGACCACAGACACCUACACCUGAAUGUCUUCUGGCAGCUUUACCACCUUCUUCAGCCAAUGAUUUUCUCGGCUUAUACACAAUUCCACCUGAGUGUCUAUGCACGCCUCUGCCAGCUUCGUCAGAUGAUGAGUUUUCGAGACCACAGACACCUACACCUGAAUGUCUUCUGGCUGCUUUACCACCUUCUUCAGCCAAUGAUUUUCUGAGUCUGUACACAACUCCACUCAAAUGUCUACAGACACCUCUACCACUAUCUACAGAUGAUGAUCUUUGAA